GUUUUGUGGUCUUUUGUAACAGCCAUUUUUUGUAUUAUUUUCAUUCGUUUUCAUUUAAACGGACAGGACUUCUCAAUGUUGUAGCCUACGUUAUAUUCCAUGUGCAGGUGUUUCCGUUUCAUGAAAUACAGUGUGAGGCUAAUAAUAGUCAAUGAAAGUUGGUUUUGGAAAUCUCUAUAGACAGCUUUGGUGAAAUCAUGGAUCUCUAAUCCGAAGCUGGCACAGCAAAUGCACAUCCUUGUUGAGUUGCGAGAAACAGGCCUAAUGUCGACAGGGUUGAGUUAGCAAAAAUCCAUUAAACAUAUGAAACAUAUCAGGUCUAAAACAUUAGGCAGAUUGUGGCUACCAGAGUACCUGCCCUUCCCCUUUUCUUCCCCGCCCCGUCGUUACUGCACAGGCACAGGGCAAAAAACAGAACUGAUUCAAUCACUUGAGAGCACCUGAGAGACAGCUGUAAAGUCAUGGCUUCCUCCAGCAGUGUGUCUAAAAAAAGCCUCACAUGUUCCAUAUGUCUGGACGUGUUCACUGACCCUGUAACCACUUCCUGUGGCCACAACUUCUGCAUGGUCUGCAUCAAAAGCCACAGAGACCACAGUCCAUGCCCAAGGUGCCCACUGUGUGGAAGGCAAUUUGACUCAAAACAAGAUUUUAACAUAAACCGAACCAUUAAAGAAAUUUCAGAGGACAUCAAGAGGAAACGGGUCAAGGAGAAGCCUGAAGUGUCCUGUGACAGUUGCCCAGAGAAAAAAAUGCGGGCUGCUAUUAAGUCAUGCUUGCACUGUGGAACCUCUUUCUGCGAGUCUCACCUGGAGCCCCAUAAAACUGCAGAAAAACUCAGGAAACACAAACUAAUUAACCCUGUGACGAAUCUUGAGGAACACAUCUGCAAGAAUCACGAAAGACCUCUGGAUCUUUACUGUAGAGAUGAUCAGACAGCCAUCUGUCAGUUCUGCACCGAGAGUGACCACAGGACUCAUAAUACUGUUCCUCUGGAGAAGGAGAGUUUGAAAUUGCUGACGAAUAAAAAGAUUGCGGUGCAGCAGAAAACUCAGGACAAUUUGCGGAAGAUUAAAGAAAUUAAACAUUCUUUGAGGUUUAACAAACAAGCCAAAGAGAAGGAGACUGAAGAGAACAUCAAGUUUUUUAAGGAUGCCUUUGACAGAAGCAAUGCGGAGCUACUUGAGCUCACAGAGAAAAGCCAUAAAGAAACAGAAAGACGAGGAGAAAAGCUCAUCAGAGAGCUAGAUGAAGAGAUCAAGGAUCUAAAGAGAAGACAAACUGAGCUUGAGAAGCUCUCGUGUCCUAUGGAUUUUACACAAAUUAUUAGCCUCCUGUGCAUCCCCAAAUAUACCAACUGCUCAAAAACCAUCAGCAUUAGCACUCUUGAAUAUGAUGGUAUUCUGAGGAAGACCAUAUCACAUCUUCAGAGCACCCUGGAUGAGAAAAUGAGAGAAACUGUUGGCAGAGAGCUGCGGAGUGUAAAACAUUAUGCAGUGGAUGUGACCCUUGACCCUGACACAGCUCAUCCUGAGCUCAUGCUGUCUGAAGAUGGGAAAAAGGUCUGGAAUACAGGCAAGUCACAGAAGAUUCCCGACACCCCAAAAAGGUUUAGUUAUUGCUCAUGUGUCGUAGGAAAGGAGGGGUUCUCCUCACAGAAAUUUUACUAUGAGGUUCAAGUCAGUGGGAUGGAUUGGGAUUUAGGUGUGGCAAUAGAAUCCAUAAACAGAAAAGAGGAAAUUGUGCUCAACCCAGAUAAUGGAUAUUGGACUAUAUGGCUGAGGAACAGGACUGAGUAUGCAGCGAAUGAUUGCAGCCCUGUCCCUCUCACCUUGAAAGAGAAGCCAGUGAAAGUGGGAGUGUUUGUGGAUUUUGAGGAGGGUUUGGUCUCUUUUUAUGAUGUUGAAGCCAGGUAUCAUAUCUAUUCUUUCACUGGGCAGUCUUUUCCUGGAAAGCUCUAUCCAUAUUUCAGUCCCGGAGAAUGUGAGAAAGGGCAGGACUCACAUCCUCUGAUCAUUACACCUGUUGACUCAGUCGAAUAAAUCAACUUUUGAACUAGGAACUAUUAAAAUUAUGAGUCUUUGAACUCUUAACCCUCUCAGACCUGAAUGAUGUUAAAUGCAAAUAGGACCAUACUUUAUUUCUUCUUUAAAUUCAACAAUGAAUGAUAAUUAUUCAAAAGACUCAAUUCAUUCUUUUUUU